UUCCUCGUCACCUUGGCUUUUGACAAAGUCUUCUGAGUAGACUCAUAAAGUCAAGUUCAGAAUUGUUUCUUUAUUGUUGAUGAAAACAAGAAUUUUCUACCCCAAGUCUCUCUCUCUCUCUCUCUCUAGUUUGUCAUCUUCAUGAUCAUCCACCUCUGCUGCAAUUAACAACUCUCUCUCUCUCUCUCUCUCUCUCUCUCUCUAGUUUGUCAUCUUCGUGAUCAUCAACCUCUGCUGCAAUUAAACAACCCCAAUUGAAGCCACAGGCCACCCCCUUAAACCAGAAAACCUUCCCAAAAAACAUGGAAGCAAAGAGUACGUUUACCUGUGCAAGGGAGAGGCUUGAAAUGGAGCUCAGAGAAAUCAAAGAGAAUCCACCAACACACAUCAGUUUUGGGCCUCGAAGUGAUGAUGAUGUAUUCAAAUGCCAAGGCAUCAUUAUGGGGGCUAUUGGCACCCCAUUUGAAGGUGGUAUCUUCCGCCUUUCCAUACAGUUCCCAAGUGAUUACCCUUUCAGCCCUCCUGAAGUAAAGUUCCUAACCAAGAUUUAUCAUCCGAAUGUAAAUGAAGAUGGCAAAAUUGACAUCAACAUAGGAGAACAGUGGACCCCUGCUUUCACUACGGAAACACUGCUGCUCUCUAUCUCCUCAAUGCUCACGUACCCAAUUCUUGAGCACACUGAAAAUGCAAUCUCAGAUCUUUAUCUGAACCACUAUCAACGUUACAACGCGAUUGCAAGAGAGUGGACCCAAAAGUACGCAAUGUCCGGAUUUGUGUCGAUUUCCCCUGAUGAUCAAUCGCUACAUUCCCUUGAUGCUCAAUUGCUACAUUCGGAAGUUGCCAGACUUUCGAUUGAGUGAGGGAUCAUCCUCUGGUCAUGCUCGUAAAAGGAUUGUCACACGCUGGUCGCCCCGCUGAAGGAAACAAAAAGGCUAAUCCUCAUGGAGGAUGCUUUUCUAAGCAAUAAUAGACAGGUGCAAAUCCUGGAUAAGUAAUGUUGCAUAGUAGUAAUGUCGACUUUUUAUCGCUUGAUGCAAUGAUUGAGUUAAUUAGAUGCUGGGAAAUUUCGAUGGUUAA